AUGAAUUUUUGGUCGUUUUUCUGUGGGAGGUCGUCGGGGACUUCAUCUAAUAAUGCGGCUGUUUCCGGUGCCCCCCAGAAGUCUUUCCAAGCCAGCAAGGGCUGGCAGCCACACGCGCAGGAAGACUCCCCAGAAGAGCUUUCAUUGCAUAUCCCGGGCGCGUUUCCCUCGUCACCCUCUUUGUCCCCAAAACUUGCGCCGGCGCCGACUGAGCGCGUGGUGGACGAUGUCCCUACACAAGAGUUCGAUCGCAUGGAGAUCGAUAUUCCUUCAAUACCGGAACUUCACACUGAUCUUGGAUCCCACUUCCGCCCAAUAAGGCCACCGAGAGUUUUCAGACCAACGCCCACCCACACCCCGCAUUCUCCGUCCGAUUUAGCACAAGGGCAACAUGGGGCACACCAGGAGCAGAUGGAAAUCGACGACCCAUGGGCCAAACGAUCCAUGGCGUAUGAAAAAUUACCCUUCGGUCUACCUGUGUCAGCCGUGCAAUUGGUGUCUCCUCAGAAAAAACCAGUCCCAACAAAUCGUCUCGAAUCUAUCUACGCAUCAGAAUGGAAGAAGCUUGAGCUAAAGCGAUUGGAACAGGAAGGCGAAGAUGGGCGUCCUGCAAGAAUAAGACCACAAGGAGAGUGUGUGCGACAAUUGUCUUGGGACUGGCUGGAAAGGGUUUCAAAGGCCAUGAGUUCUUCCGGCGCCGUGGCCCAGUCUCUCUCCGGAGAUGCCUUAUACCCUAAAGACAUUGCCACUUGCAUUAAACCCCUCGCCUGGCUCAACGAUGAAAUCAUCAACUCAUACCUCGCCGUCAUAAUGCAGUAUCUUCAACAAUCGACUGGAAACAAGGCGCCGAAUGAGCGACCCAAAUACCAUGCUUUUAAUAGCUUCUUCUAUUCCAGUCUUCGGGAUAAAGGAUACGAUGGUGUGCGGCGAUGGGCCAAACGUGCCAAAAUCUCCGGCGAAGGACUAUUGGAAGUUGACACAAUCUUUGUUCCUGUCCAUGAGUCCAGCCAUUGGACUCUGCUGGUAGUUCGACCUGCAGAUCGAACCAUUGAGUAUUUUGAUUCCCUGGGUGCACGUAGCGCGCGGCAAGUCAAGAUCAUCAAAACUUGGCUUCUUGGAGAGCUUGGAUCCAAGUUCGUCGAUUCAGAGUGGACGUUGCUUCCAUCGGUCUCGUCUUUUCAAGAUAACGGCAGCGAUUGUGGCGUGUUCCUUUUAACAAAUGCGAAGGCAAUUGCCCUUAAUAUCGAACCCACGGCCUUUGGGGCUCGGGACACCGCUUUGCUGCGCAGAAAAAUCGUGGCCGAGAUCAUGAAUGGUGGUCUUCAUGGCGAGUUUAGUCCAGUUGAUAAGACUGGUACUAUCCUGCUUUGA